AUGGGUAAAUUAGAAUGGUUCAAAUAUUACAGUUCCAUUGGUGAAACUGACGCUAAGAACCCGUGCAAUGGAUAUGCCAACAAACACUAUCCUCCACCAAAAGAAUUAAACUGGAUAAAUGUUGAAAACAAAAAGAGUAGAAGUGAGCCAGCAUACAGACCUUUGAAAUUUCCGACGCCUCUACUUGAUUCGUUGAAUCAAAAACCGCCUACCGUUUCAAUCCCAUUUAAUAGGGAUACUGUAAACGGUACUAAGGAACUUUUGGCCGGUAACAUUGACAAAAAUGUACCAACUACCUCCACUCAAAGUUCAACCAUAACGAUGGACAGUUGUCCAAAAAAAUGUAGUGAUGCUCCAGUAUCCAAGCUUUCAAAAUGUAUUACUCCUUCCUCAGGUACGACUAAAUUAAAACCAAUUAUCGUUAAAAUUCCUCUAAAAGACACCGUCAUUUCUGAAAACUUAUCACGUGGUAUCAUCAAUGACAGUAAACCAGCUACUUCCACUCAAAUCACUUCGUACCAAAAUAUAAAUCUAAGGCCACAGCUGAGUAUGUCUGUACCAUCAUCAAAUGUGUUCGAUCCAAAUAAUAUCCUUUAUCAAAAAAUUAUCAAUAUUGAAAACGUCAUUACGGGUAUGAAUUCAAGAGUUACAAGAUCAUUGAUUAAUCAAGAUAAAAUUAUCGGUUUAAUAGAAAAACAAAACCGAAAAACUUUAGCAGAAAAGUUGGUAGACUGCAAGGUAGCGUCAGAAUUUGAAAACCAUUUUACUUUGAACUUUCCUCUAAGGACAUUGGAUGAUGUAGUUGAAUUGGAAAAGUUAUUGAUUGAAAAACAAUACUAUAAGCUUUUAAAGACUAAACUUUUAUCAUAUUCUGGUGCUGAUUUAAAAUCUGUGAUAGUUAAUAUCUUGACAAAAUUGUUCACAAAGAACGUAGCAGCCAAAAUAACGCUCACUUCAACUUCGUAUUUUAAACGUCCUACAUUGCAAGUCACUAAUAAUAUCAAUCUUCAAAACAAAAACAUAUACAAACUAAUUAUAGACGCCGUAAUGCAAAUAUUAAAAUGUGACGAAGAGCAGAUUAAUGCAUCAAUUCGUGCUUGGUUAAGACACACCAAAGAAAAAUUUGAAGAAACAGAGCAGAACAAAAAUCAAUUGCAGUAA